GGGUACCCCCUCUCCUAAGCCAGCUGGUCUGGCUUAAAAUCCGUUCUUGUAUUUGCUUCCUGCUUUUUGUUUUUUAAAAAGAAUCCGUUCUUGUUUGAUACAAGGGAUUGGCCGAGCAAACCCACAGCUGGAGCUGCUGGGGAACCUUCCAGGUGAAGGCCGAGCCAAAAGCACUGGUGCUCGCUGACAGCCUGAGAGGCGCGUGCUCCGGGAUGGAGUGAGCCGCUGGACGGAGACAGCCGCAGAGUGAAGUCACGGACUCAGACAUGCGGACCUGAGCGGAGGAGCCACACACACACACACACACACAGCAGUUUGAAAGUGAGAAGUGAAAAAGCGUGAGGACUUGGAAGUAAACUGAAGGAACCCGAAAAGACGAAAACGCCACAGUAAAAAGAUGGGGAGGAAAAAGAUUCAGAUAGCGCGGAUUAUGGAUGAACGGAACAGACAUGUGACGUUCACUAAGCGUAAAUUUGGUCUAAUGAAGAAAGCUUAUGAGCUGAGCGUGUUGUGCGACUGUGAGAUUGCCCUCAUCAUCUUCAACAGCACCAACAAGCUGUUUCAGUACGCCAGUACAGACAUGGACAAAGUUCUGCUCAAAUACACCGAAUACAACGAGCCACACGAGAGCAGGACCAACUCCGACAUCGUGGAUACGCUGAGAAAGAAGGGUUUAAACGGCUGUGAGAGCCCUGACAUCGAGGCGGACGACUCUGCUGGCCAGAGCCCAGAGUUGGACGAUAAAUACCGGAAAAUCAAUGAAGACAUUGACCUGAUGAUCAACCGACAGAGAAUCUGUGGUCUGCCUUCCUCCAACUAUGACAUGGGAGUGUCCAUCCCAGGCAGUAAUCAAGGUGGGCUGCUCUACUCCCACCAGGGCAUAGGAGGCAGUCUAGGUAACCACAGCCUGCUGCCCAUCUCUCACGCGUCUCUGCAGAGAAACAGCAUGUCCCCUCAGCGUCCCCCCAGCACUGGAAAUGCAGGACUGAUGGGCUCAGAGCUGACGAGCACGGUCGUGUCGAGUGUGGGAAAUGACAACUACAGCAACCACUGCACCUCCCCUGGACUGCUGUCUCCAGGAGGCGCCAUGAAGAGCAUGCAGGAUAAAAGUCCCCCGAUGAGCAUGAGCCGUAAACCUGAUCUGCGAACACUGAUGCCCCCCGCCAACAAGUGCAACAACAUACCAACCAUUAACCAGAGAAUAAAUCACUCCCAGACAGCUCAGACCAUGUCCACCCCUGCCGUCACUCUCUCUGCCACCACUAUGCCCAGUCAGGGGAUGGGCGGGUAUCCGUCUGCGCUCUCCUCAUCUUAUGGCACAGAGUUCUCCCUCGGCACCGACCUGUCCUCUCUGUCUGGUUUUGGAGGUUCUGGUCUUGGAUCAGUGACGAAUUGGCAGCAACAGCAGAUACAGAUACAGCACUCAGCAUUGGGGCACAUGGGGAACUUGUGCCAGAACUCAAACCUAAACCUCUCCUCUGGCCAUCAGAACGUCCACAUCAAGUCUGAGCCGGCCUCCCCUCCCAGAGACCGGAUGGUUGGAACAGGACUAGGAGGAGGGAUGACCACGGUUGGAUACUCCACCACAGGCCGGGGGCCCCACGAACCGGGUCGUUCCCCCGGUGACAGCGCGUCCAGCUGUGGGAGCUCGUAUGAAGGCAGCGAGGAGCGAGAGGAUCACCAUGGGAACGACAGCUUCCUCCUCCUCCGACCUCUGUCCGGUCAGGAGGAGCGCCACAGCCCGUCAGUUAAACGGAUGAGGCUAUCAGAAGGCUGGGCGACAUGAUCAGAGCCGCUCUGCAGCCAGAGGGAGGAGUGUUAGUAAAGUUACCGUGUAGUGUUAUUAUUAUUAUUGUAAUAUCAUAUUCUUCUUGUACUGAGUGGGUGUGCUAUAUGUGUAAUGGUAACAUGUACAUGGAGGGCGGGGGCUGGUAUAUGUGGACUGUAUUUCCCACAUGUACUGUUGGUAGACUUCACACUAAUGACUCCUGGAAGUUCAGGACCAGUAUUCAGACUUAUCAAACAGUCUUUGAUCAAAAGUUGGAUUUCAGAGCUUCAUCUCAUCCUGGGAAAUUUUUUUAUCCCAUUAGAUUAAAAAAAAAGUGAAAUAGAAAAAUUAAUCAUACACAAACGUAGGCGUGCAAAAAGGACAACAUAAAACGUGUCCUGAAAUGGAAAUAUUUCACUAAAUCUCAAAUAUAUGAAAAAUAAAAGCAGUUAGAUUAAAAUGAAAGAUAAGAAAUAUACAACUUUUGGUUCAUAAGACUUAAAAUUGUUCCCAGUUCUUUUCCUUCUACAAACACUGCUGGUCCAGGAUGUCAUUCAAGAGCCAAAUGUAUUGAAGUGGUUGGAGCGGUUGUUGGUGUACAUGUCUUGCUUGUUUUAUGUGUGUGUUUGGGGGGGUGGGGGGUGUAUAAGUAAGUAAUGUGUAUGUAAAACGCACAGCUGUGUGUGUGUGCACAUGUAUGCAAAACCAACAAAAAGGUGAAGGUGAGGAAAUCUGGUACUCUGAAUAGUGAAGCUACUGUCAAUGGAGCAUCAGCCCACUGCUGCAGGCUCAACAUAUUUAUGCACAUAAUCAAUCGCGCAUGUAAACAUAAAUGUAUGGAAGGUCAAGUGUGGCAAAGAAAACGGGUAGAAGACGGGAGUACGAGUAAGUGCAGGAAGAGAAGGACGGUGGAAUCGUGAGCGGGGAGGAAUCAGUGUGAGUGAGAGGAAAGUCAUCGGCAGCAGGUCGCAUAGGAAACAAGUUUCACUUGAUGUGAAGAUAAUUUCAGAGCUGUGUUAGUAAAAGUGAGGAUUGCAGCCAGUUUGGACCAGAUCCCAAAAAAAAUCACUGAAGCAAAGAAACGCUGUGAUUGGAUGAGUAACUGAACUGUCAGGUGUGACGCCACCGACAUCAGCAUAAGAGAGCUAAAAGCUGAAACUAAAAUAUUAUAAAAUGCAUUGAAAUCAAAGAACAAAAUAUUGUAAAUGUAGUUAGAAAAUCAAAGCACAUAGAUUCACUGAGUUUCUGUUUAAAUGUGAAAACCCUGAAGUGUGUUUCACAGUUUGGUAUCCACUUUGUAAAAUAAAAACAGACAAACUCGGCCUUUAUUUGCUUCCAUCGAGCACGUGUGGAAUCAGCAGGGAGAGCUCAGGACAGCCUGAUGUGAGGAAACAUUGUUACUCGUGUCUCUGUGAUGAAGCCUGAGGGUUAGCAUGUGCUGAUAGCUUUAGCAGUCAGAGUGAGGAUCCUAAAAGCCAUAUCCAGUGGGACAAAUGAUGCUUUGCUGCACAAAGUUUAUAGUGUAGUGUUUUUCAAACUUGUUUUCAGUCCUUCCUUGUUAUAUCAAAUUGAUAUUUUUGGAUGUCUGCAGUCCCAUGUAAUCACAGUGAUAUAAAAGCAGCAGCAGAAUGCGCACACACACCGUUUUCUAUUAGAUGUUCAGGGAGAUUUUACAUAAAGCAGAAAAAGGUUGAAUUCUUUUGAGCUGGUGUCAGACCCAACACAGCAACAAUCUCUGAGCACAAAGCUGCUGUUUUCCACUCCGAGCACCAGCGCUCGGCCGCUGCAUCGCCUUACCUCUGUGCUCAUCAUUUUCAGAUAUUAGCAGUGGUGGAAGAAGAAGACAUUUACUCAAUGUCACCUCAAUGUUACCUGGUAUAUUGUCAGUGAUUAUCUAGUCCAGUGGUUUCAGUCAUUUUACAAGCUUUUACUAUUUUAUGUACAGUCUCAAAAAAGCAAUAAAGUAGAAUAGUUGAAUACAUCUUAUGCCACCAUAUUUAGUACAAAAUUGACCACAUUUCCAUCAGGCUCAAAGAACAGGCAUCUACACCACCUGGUGUAUGUUUCGGUCCACUGCUGUGACGGCAGGUGACGCUCACCUGGAGUACAGCCUGGUUUGCUGCAGUCCAGAAAGGUUAAAUCUGUGUUUGUGACUUUUAUAAGAUCCUGUUCGGAUGUAAAAACAGAAGAAACUGUACAGUACUUCAUAUGAAAUGAAAAGUAGGAAAGGGUCUCUUGAAAUCAUAUUAAAGUAAAUGUACUCAGUUCCUUUCCACCAUUGCAUAUUCGUGCUGUAACUAUGAGUGACUGAGUUGUGCCUUGCAUGUCAGCUGGGUCUGACACCAGCCACAGACAGGCUGAAGGACUGCUGAGUGCUUUGUUUUUACUCCUGAAGAGAUGGUGGUGGCUGAGGCUUGUUCACAUUUGAAUAUUUUGGUUUUAAAACUGUAUAUUUGGAGCUCAAACCCUCAGCCGCCGUCUCUGCUGUAAACCGAGCAACUAAAUUCACUCAUUGGAAAUCCCUGUAGCUGUUCUAGUGAGAAAGGGAUGAAUUCAUGUCUGUUAACCAGGGCAGAGCCCACAUGUGUUUGCUUCUGCACUCUUUCCCUUCAUCAAGCUGGUCUUACUGCACCACACCCGACGUUAGAGCCAGGAGCUCAUCCUUGGGCUCCACGUGGAGUCGAUUGUGUGCGGGUGGAGGUGAAGCGUUGACGAACCCCAGUGUGAAAACCCCUCUGUAGCUGUUUAUGGUUUGAUUACUGCCUGUACCUGAAACGCCCUAAACAAAUUGUUUCAUUUCCCUUUUUUUUUUUUUUUUGGCAACAUCAGUGAAUGUCCGCUGUACUAGAAAUGUACACUUUCUAUUCUCCCCUCCCUUAAUGCACUAAUGCUUCUAAUAACUAUAAGUUAGAUAUUCAAAGGGAUUGUUAGCGGCAUAAGCUGGCCUUUGUCGCCACUUUGGAGACAAUGAAACGUAAAUUAAGCACACCUCUGUUGUUGCAGAUAAUGUACAGCAAUUCCCUCACUCAGAAAUGUGGUAGUAUUUGUAUUUUGCAGAAAAAAUAUAUAUAUAUAAAAAUA